AUGGAGAUAACCCUUCAGAACUUAAGGGUGUGGCUUUUGUCAUUGAUGGCUGUGCUCUUGAGAUUGCGCUUAAGCACUACUGCAAAGCUUUUACUGAGCUGGCAAUAUUGUCAAGGACUGGUUCUUGGAAAGUUAAAUUAUUGUCCAUGGACGGUAUUCUUACAACUGCACAUAAUUUCUUUCUUGGCGACUCUUCUUGAACCCGAGCGAACCAGCCUCUUCAAUUCUCUUAACUUGAUGGUUUAUUAUGUUUUGUACAAGUGUUCAUGUUGCUUUUUAAAUGCUCACAGUUGCUGCCACAGCCAUCAUGGGUCCAAUUCUUGCCAUAAGUACUUCUGGUAUAUAAAUCAAGCAAAAUCAAUACACUUCAGCAUGCUGCCAAUUUUGUACCAUGAAGCUCCAGCUUAA